AUGUUGAGGACUUCCGCGCUCGGGAGGCCAAGAUCCGUCGGGUUCCAGGCGCCGGUGCGGCGGAUGUGGGCGACGGUGCGGCAUCAGCGUGAAUUCCUUGCAGAAAUCACACCAGUAGCGUGGCGGUGCUGGUGUCGGAGACAUCGGUUCCUCCAUGGGAACGGCAACCACUUCAUCAACGGGCGGCGCCGGUGCUUCGACAAUUGGGGGCGCCGGGGCCUCGACCGCUUGUGGCGCAACAUUGCUUGGGCCAGCACCGUCCAUGCCUCGGCGAGGAGACGGGGGCUGGCUCUGCAGACGCGGUGCGAGCGGAGAAGCCUGGCGGCCGCGACGAACUGGGCUCCAGCGGCGUCCUCGACGAGCAUCCUGUCGGAGAUUGCGAACAGCAGAAGCAAAGAUGCGGCCACAUCCACUUCCAUUUACGGCGCUGCGGCGAACACGAGGCCCAAGGCGCUCGAAGACGCUGCGGCGCUGUCCAUGGUGACGGAUGGGGCCAUGGCGCAUUCCUCCGACGCGGCGAAGUGCGAAGAACAGUUGACGAACAACAUGCGAAGGGAGAACCGGGAGGACGCGUCCCUUCACCAAAGGACGCGACCGUACACUGGAGAGUUGCGUCCGUACGAGGAGGGACGCAUCCGUACACCAACGGAUACACCCGUUGGGUUUACAAGGUUAACUGCUAAUCAGUUAUUGGUCUAAUCUAAUGGCUAGGAUUAGCCCUAACCUAUGGAUGAGAUUAUCUCUAAUCUUCUGAUU